AUGAAAGCAACAGCCUUUGUCCUGCUCUUGGCUUUGGCUUUGACAUCCAUCUUCAAUGUAGAAUGUGCCACAGGCCCUCAACAGGUUGACUGCAGUAAAUAUGAGAAGUUCCCACGGAGAGAAGAGGGAUUUUGUUAUGAAAUAUAUGCACCAAUUUGUGGAUCUGACGGCAAAACUUAUGCCAAUGAUUGCUUCUUUUGUUCUGAAGUUCGGAAAACUAACAACAAACUGAAAUUUGUACAUUUUGGCAAGUGUUGAAUCUAUCUUCUGAUUCCAAGGCACAUGAAACAUAUUUCUUCUCCCAUAUAACCUAUGCCAUACUGCCUAAUCUUGUCACCAGUGUGUCUUGAUUUCUUUGAGAA